AUGAAAGUGCCAUCUUUUACAGAUUUGCUUGGGCCACUUCCAGGGAUUAUUGCAGGGUUAAAGAGCUAUAGGCUUUUUAAAGCCAUUGAUAGCCCAAAUAAUGCUAAAGCUUUAAAGUUUUUAAAGAAGAAAAGGAACAUUUUUAACUUAAAACAAGCAAACACAGGUCUGAAUCCUCUGCACUUAGUUACUAUGAAAAAUGAUACUCAGUUAAUUGAAGCGAUCACAGUCAGGCAGGACUGCAAAGCACACAUAAAUGACCAAGAUAAUGAUCAGCAAUGGGCUGCUAUUCAUUUUGCAGCACAAAAUGGCAAUUCAGAAGCUUUAACAUAUUUCCUCAAACUAGGAGCUAUAUCUUUUUCUAUAAAUUUGCCUAAAAACUAAUAAUUUAUCAUAUAAUUUGCUUUCUUUUAAUAAAACAAAUUAAAUGUGUAAAAGUUAUAAUAUUUCAAUUAAAAACAAAGAAGGCUCUGGGCCAAUUCAUAUAGCAGCUGGGCACAAUCACAAAGACUUCAUUCAAAAACUAAUCGAAAGAAGUGUCCAUAUAGAUGAAAGAGACGCAAAAAUGAGAACAGCCCUUCAUUAUUCCGCAGUCCAAAACUUCGCAGACCUCGCAGAAUGGCUCGUCUCGAAAGGUGCCUCCACUUCUGUGGUCGACAGUGUUGGAAUGACCCCAAUUUAUGUAGCUGUGCAUGCUGGUAGCUUCAACGUCACUGAAUUUUUGCAUAACUAUAAAGACGGAUAUAGCCAAAGAACUCAUUUAGAUGGUCCUGGACUGGGAGAAUACAAUCCAACUCCUCGAGUUGUUCAAGCUGACAAACCAACUUGGGAGGUUGACAAAUACCUAGUAUAAAGCUUAUUUGUCAAUUCCCAAACUGGUUUGCCAGCUUGAGCUAAAGAAACAACUCGGGGAGUUGCACUGCAUUCUCCAGCCCAGACCCAUCUAAGCGUAUUCCUAGCCUAUAUACAAAAAUCCCAGGAAGCAAAUGCAAGCUAAUCCAUUUAGCUUGCAGACACCAAGACACAAAAAUCCUUGAAUUUUUGCAUGCAAAUGGGCAUGAUUUGUGGGAUUUUGAUAAUGAGGUAAUUGACAAGAAAGGUUGAUAGAGAAAGUGUGUAUCAUUAUGCAGCUCUUGAUGGGGCAGUCAACUGCAUAGACUAUUUGGUUAGUAAGAAUAUAGCAAUUGAUAGACAGGACUCGAGAGGCUUGACACCGCUACAUAUUGCGGUAGGAGUGAAGAAUUUGGCAGUUAUAAAGAAACUAUGUGAAGCAGGAGCGAAACUUGAUAUACCGAAUAUUGAAGGACUGAGUCCGUUUGAUAUGGCUGAGAGUGUCCGUGAUCAUGCGACUUUGACUUUAUUGAGGAGGUUUAAGAGAUAA